UUGUCUAAAGAUUUCAUGGUGUAUGUGGUAAAUUCAACACACACCAUAACUGUCACAGCCUCCCCAAAUCUGAACAUUUAGAGUUCAUCUAAUUAUUUAAUUCUUGUAAUAAACAACAGUGCAAGCUUUGAACUGCAGGCAUUCACUGUUAUACUAACAGAUGUGAAUGAGCACCCAGUUAAAAAAUAUGAAAUUUUUCUUUUGUUCACUGGGUUGGAGAAGUCUCCGCCAAGUUUAAUCUAUCAACCAGCUGUCUGUGACCCUGAAUAUACUUCUAAUUCAACUCUCGCUUAUACUAUUUGGGAAAUAAGUCACAUAUACAAAUGCAUUCAUCAGCUUUAAUUAAAAACUUUUAUUUUAUCCACUAUUGAUAUAUUUUCUUUUAAUAUUUCAGUGAAUUAUGGAAAUAACACUGCUUCCAAAAUUUAGUUCGUCAACAUAAUUAACCUCAAUGAUAACAAACAAUAUUUUUAUAGCACCAUUACAUAAUUCACUGUCCCAGAAGAGUUGAUCCCAGGGUACGUAAUGAGCAACAUUACUGCUGUUAUCCCCAGUGACUCAUUUUAUAGCAGAUUUAUCUUUUACACCAUACUGAGUGACAACACUUAUCUUGCUAUACACAAAUACACUGGAUUGAUCACAAUUGCAGGGUGGAUGGAGGCUCUCCAUCUUCGAAAAACAGUCCAACAGUCUGGACCACCACGGAUCAACACAACUCACAUCAUUGUUACUGUCUCAGACAUUAAUGACAACCCUAUCAUUUGCUUUCCUGACAACCAGUGGUACUGUGGUGUUGUGAUUCAUUCAGUUAUAUGCUCCAAUAUAGAUUUGCCUCCAACCUUAAUGUAAUACUCCAUAGUGUCUGGUAUGGGUGCAGGAAGCCUGAGAAUAUUAUGAAUAAUAUCAUAAGACUAUUAGAAUACGCAAGCACAUGCACUAAUCAUCAAAUUGGUGGAUGAAGAUUCCAUCAGGCCAUGCUCUGCCACAACCACAACCACAGUUGUAAUUAAUGUCACAGAGGCUGAUGAUGAGCUGCUCUUUGGCAAUGCUUUUGUCUCAAUGUAUCUCAAAGGCAGCAAUGUCAACGACCAUUUUGGCUUUUUACCGCACACAGGUUCAAAAACGAGUCGUCUGAUCCUGAUAGCACCGUUUGACUUCAGCAGCAGACUGGCCACACUGUGGAGCUACAGUAGACUAAACAGUGCCAGAGCCACUCCACAGACUGACACCAUAAUUAUCCAUGUAUGACUAGUCGAUCUCCAGAUCGCCCAAUGCAUAAACCGCUACGCAAAAAAGAAUACAUUUAAUACAGGUGACUUAUAUGACUGGUAUAAGUCCUGCAUGUACUUCUCUAAUAAAGAAUGCCUCUGCUAUAAGCUCACAUGAAUAGAUUGCAAAGAGGAACCGAGGAACUGUACUAUAUUCUAUAACUAA